AUGGGUGCUCAAAAAUUUGUGGACAUCCAGGCCCUCAAAGAUUUACACAUAUACAAGGGUGUUCACAAGCUUUUUAAAAACAUAGGAUGGGAGGGUCUUUUGAAUCUUCAUGCAGUUAGUUACCAAACACCGAUGUUGGAACUUUUGUCUUCCAUUUCCUUUGACUAUCAAACCCAUCUCCUAACUUUCCGUCUGCUCAACCAAACGCAUCAAUUUCAUGCUGAUAUCCUUUGUGAUAUAAUUGGUGCUCCUAAAGCAAGAAGGGAUAUAUACACAGCUAAGGGUAGAAAAAAUGUUGUUUUUGAGCAAGACUGCGCAAAUUUUUGGAGAAACAUCUCUUGUGAGUAUGAGUAUCAAUCGGGCACCGCAAAAGCUUCUAGCAUUAUCCAUCCGAUCUUGAAAGUAGCUCACCGGAUCAUUUCUUCUCUCUUAUUCCCUCAAGAAGAGAUUAGCAAAGCUAAUAAAAAAGAGCUAGAAGUCUUGUGGUGUAUGAUUAACAAGCCUGCAGAAGUCCCUCAUUUUGGUUGUUGGGUUAUUCAAAAAAUGCUCAGAAGUGCUACGAGCAAUGGUGGACAGCUACAUUGUGGAGGCAUGGUUUCUAUUAUUGUAGAGCAUCUUGGCCUCCAUCUACCUAAUAACCCAACAAACAUCAUCAUGGGCCGUACUCAUCUAUCAAUUGAUGUUAUGGAAACAAUGCAUCUUUUCCACCGCCUUCCCACUGGGGAUAUUCAUUGGACAGUAGAUGGGAAAGAGUAUCUACGUAUAGACAGCAGAAAUAAGAAGAUACUCAAUUUAGCCAAUGAUAUUCCAUCAACUAAUUGGAAACUCAAAUCCAACUUAGGUGUUACAGUAGAUCAUAGUCCUCCAUCCUCUCCUCCUCCUGCUCCUCCUGCUCCUACUGCUGGUCUGCAUUAG